AUGGUCUUGAAAUACAUUUUCUGGCUAUGGAUGGCUGCUACAGCAGUCGUCGCGAAGGAGGAAGCCGACAAGCCCAACUUUAUUGUUAUCCUCACCGAUGAUCAAGACCAGCAGUUGGAUUCGAUGAAAUAUAUGCCCAAGGUGAAGAAGCUAUUGACGGAUGAGGGGGUCUACUUCAACCACCACUAUGCGACAGUGGCGUUGUGCUGUCCUGCCCGGGCGAGUUUGUGGACAGGCAAAGCAGCACACAACACCAACGUGACCAACCUCAGACCCCCAUAUGGUGGAUACCCCAAGUUUGUGGAAGAGGGAUGGAUAUCCAAGUGGCUCCCAGUGUACAUGCAGAAAUCCGGCUACAAGACAUACUUCACCGGCAAGCUGAUGAACAAUCAUAAUGCCAACAACUACAUGAAUGGGUUGAAAGAGAUGGGGCUUGACGGACAUGACUUCAUGAUCGAGCCAGGAACCUAUCAAUACACCAACACGACGAUUCAACACAACUUUGAAAAGCCUAGGAGCUACCCCGGCGUGUACGCUACCGACCUCCUAGCUAAUAAGUCAAUGGCAUGGAUGGACGACGCAGCAAAGGAAAAGAAGCCAUUCUUCCUCGCAAUCAACCCGGUCAACCCGCACAACAACUACCAAUGGGGCAAGGGUUGGACCAAACCAGUUCCAGCAAAGAGACACGAGGGAACAUUCCCCGAUGCCAAAGUUCCUAGAAGUGUUUCCUUCAACCCGGACAGGCCAAGCGGUGCGGCCUGGGUCCACGAGUUACCGCAACUGUCCGAUGCCGUCAUCAAGGACAAUGAUCUAUAUUACCGUCGUCGCUUACAAGCCCUCCAGGCUGUUGAUGACCUGGUUGAGACAACCAUUGACACUCUGAAACGCCAUAAAAUGCUGGAUAAUACCUACAUCAUCUACACCAGCGACAAUGGCUUCCACAUUAGCCAGCAUCGAUUGAUGCCCGGGAAACGCUGCCCAUACGAAGAAGAUGUCAACGUCCCAAUGAUCAUCCGUGGCCCGGGUAUCCCCAAGGGCAAGACAGCCGACAUCGUCACUUCCCACUUGGACAUCGCUCCUACUAUUGUGGAAUGGGCAGGCGGCAAGGGACCGGGCGACUUUGACGGCUCUGUGAUUCCAAAGGAAGGAACCACGACCCCCGACGAGCCAUGGGAGCAUGUCGAGGUUGAGCACUGGGGAGCUGUCUCGGAUAAGAGAGAUAUUCCUCUGAGCGGAAAAGUAAAUACCUACAAGGCUAUCCGAGUGAUUGGAGAUACAUAUAACCUUUUCUACUCCGUAUGGUGCGAGGGUGACCAUGAAGUCUACGACAUGUCGGCCGAUCCCCAUCAGAUGAACAACCUGUACAAUUCCACGGAGAAGAUCCUUGGUGUCUCGAUGAAGAAGCUUGAGCACCGUCUAGAUGCGCUGACACUUGUCCUGAAGACAUGCAAGGCCAAGACCUGCCAGAGUCCUUGGGAAGCAUUGCAUCCAGACGGGAAGGUAAAGACUCUUGUCGAUGCGUUGGACUCUAAAUACGACGAAUUUUACAACAAGCAGAACAGGGUGAAAUUUAAUGAAUGCUCCAGGGGAUACAUUGUCUCGAAUGAAUAUCCGAUCAAGUACCACAUCUAUGGAAAUCAUUCACCUGAAGCACCAUUUCCAGGUUUGAACUAUAAAGACCUAGUGAAGAAGGUACUGUCAUUCAAGGUGCUACGGUGGACUACUCCGAGUCAGGGUUAUAGUUCCGGCUACCGGCACAGCUGUUCUGACUCGUCCUUUAAAGAACUCUUUGAGAUGUUGUUGAGUGAUACCAUUCAAGGUCUUGAUUUACAUGAUCUUAUUCCUUGA